AUGGAAAUGGAUAUGGAUGAAGAUUUACCUGAAUUUCAUCCAAUUAACGCUUCAUCAAAAUCUUUUCAUUGGAUAAUAACAUUAUUUAUUUUACUAAUUAUACCUUCAAUAAGUACAUCAUUAGCAUUUGCAAAUAGAUUCCAUUGGUCAUUAUUAUUACAAUAUAUUGCAACAAGUUAUUCAGUUGUUGAAUCAUUAUUUUUAGAUUUCCCAGAUAAUGUUGAUAAUCAUGAGAAUAGAACUUCAAAGGGUACAAGUUGGUUUUUGAGUAUAGUAUUAGGUAUAACUAUAUUUUUAGGGACUUUAUUAAAUGGUAGUAAUUUAGUUAUAAAUAAAUUCUAUCCACAUUUAUCAAAACAUUAUAAUGAAUAUGGAUUAAUGGCCAAGAUAUAUAAGAUUUUUUCAUUAUUAAUUGUUUUAACUGGUUGGGUAAGAGUUUGUAUGGCACCAAUUGCAUUAUUUGGAUUUUGUUAUGGUAGACAUACUGGUCAAUGUAUAGCUCAUGGAAUUAUGGGAUCAGCGUUUAUAUUAUAUUCAUUUGUAUUAUCAUUAGUUUUGGUUGUACCAUGGAUUAGGAAACAUCAAUUACAUAGUAGCAACGCUCAAAAUUUAAAAUCUCAAGAAUUUUACGAUUCAACUAUUAUGAUGUUAUGGGGGAUUGUAAAUACUUUUACUGAACAUAGAUGGGGUAAAGAAGGUUGGAAUAUGGGUGAUUAUCAACAUACUGCAAUGGGAAUAAUAUGGUGGGGUGGUGGUUUAUUAGGAAUGUAUUUAUCAAGAAAUAAUCAAAGAACUUUUAUACCUGCUUUACUUUUAAUAUUCACUGGUUAUUCAAUGAGUCAACAUGCACAACAUUUACAAAUUUCAACAAAAGUUCAUUCAGUGUUUGGGAUAGCAUUAAUGAGUGCUGGAGUUACUAGAAUUAUUGAGAUUGUAUUUGUUUUAAAAGAUAAAGCAUGUAGUGAACUGGGGAAAAUUUUAUCUUUUCAAUAUUUACCACCAUUUUGUUUAACUUUAUCGGGGAUUUUAUUUAUGAGUGCUACUGAAGAACAAUUACAAUUGGUCCAUGAUUUAGGUUCUGAUCAUUCUGCUUAUAUUUUGGUUGUAUCAGCAGCUGCAUUUUUAAUAUAUUUAUGGAUUUUGUUGUGCAUUUGGUUAUAUUUAAAAUUAGUUGGCUAUAACGAAGAUGGUGAAAUGUAUAAUCAAGGUUAUAAUAAUAUUGGUACAGAAGAAUUUGAAUUGGGCGAUGUGAGUGAUGUUGAAUUAGAGGUAGAUGAUGAUGAUGCUUCGACUCCAACAGAAAGAUAA